AUGCUCGAUCUUUUUACAAUAUUCAGCAAAGGUGGCAUAGUGCUCUGGUGCUUCCAAAGCACAUCUCAGAUUUUUGCGCCCAGCGUCAAUGCCCUGAUAAGAAGUGUUAUAUUGCAAGAACGUACAGGGAAUCACAGCUUUGAGCAUGACUCCCUUCGAUUACAAUAUAAACUCGACAAUGAGUUUGAGUUGGUAUUUGUAGUGGCAUAUCAGAAGAUACUACAGUUAUCUUAUGUGGAUAAAUUCCUAAAUGAUAUCCACCUAGAGUUUAGAGAUCGCUUCAAAAAUGAGCUCGAGAACUCAAGCUGGUUUACCAAUUUUGAGUUCGAACAAGUUUACCAUAUGGUACUUGAACGAGCUGAACACUGGUCACGUUCACAGGCUAAGAUACCGAAGCAAAUGCGUACUUUUGAUGAAAGUCUGAAGUCCAAAAAGACUAUUGCUAGUAUGAUUGAGAGGAAAAGUGACAAGGAUGAUAAGAAGCCAGGUAAAAAGAAGAAAGCAAAUAAUUGUAAUGGGGAUUAUCAUACAAAAAUUCAAGAUGUUCCAAAACAAGAAUUGCCAAAACAUCAAAUGGAACGUAAUGGGGAACUUGACGAAGAAACAUUGAUCGCCAAUCGUAUGAAACUCGCUCAGAAAAUGGCAGGACAAAAGAAGAAAGCUGACAAGCAGAAAAGUCCUAAACCUGAGAAAGCUGGCAAAAAACCACGCAUCUGGGAACUAGGUGGCACAACUAAGGAUCUUGCUACAUUAGAACGAACUAAAGACAAGCCUGAGGAUAAUGAUGACUAUGUGGCAGCCAAUACAGCUCUAGUUGGACAGAUGAAAGGUAGCAUACGCGAUCUUGAGGUGAACAGCGAAUCUGAGGAUAGUUCCGAUCAGGAAGAGACAGAGCAAUCCAAACAGCAAGUGCAAAAGAAAACGAGUAUGUUCUCUAUGUUUAAAAGUUUAGUCGGCAGUAAAUCUCUAAAGCAAGAAGAUAUGUUGCCGGUUUUGGAAAAACUGAAGGAUCAUCUAAUUACUAAAAAUGUUGCUGCGGACAUCGCACAGAAGUUAUGCGAUUCUGUUGGCACAAAGUUGGAAGGAAAGAUACUUGGCACUUUUGAUAGCGUGGCAAACACUGUGAAAGUUACUCUAACAGAAGCUUUAGUUCAGAUACUAUCGCCCAAAAGAAGAAUCGAUAUUCUACGAGAUACUUUAGAAGCUAAGAACAGCAGCAGGCCUUAUGUGAUGACUUUUUGUGGCGUCAAUGGGGUCGGCAAAUCGACGAAUUUGGCAAAAAUCUGUUUUUGGUUAAUAGAAAACAAUUUUCGCGUGUUAAUAGCUGCAUGCGAUACAUUCAGAGCUGGAGCUGUUGAACAACUGAGAACGCACAUGCGUCAUUUAAAUGCUCUACAUCCACCGGAAAAGCACGGAAAUCAAUCAAUGGUACAGCUUUACGAAAAGGGUUAUGGUAAAGAUGCCGCAGGUAUUGCCAUGGAGGCAAUACGGUUUGCGAAGGAUUCUAAAAUCGAUGUUGUCCUGGUUGAUACUGCUGGUAGAAUGCAAGAUAAUGAACCAUUGAUGCGAGCUUUGACAAAGCUAAUUAAAGUAAACGAGCCGGACUUGGUAUUAUUUGUGGGAGAAGCUCUUGUUGGAAAUGAAGCUGUGGAUCAGCUGGUGAAAUUUAAUCAAGCCUUGGCUGACUAUAGUCAGUCUACCAAUCCUCAUAUUAUCGACGGUAUCGUGUUGACAAAGUUUGAUACAAUCGAUGAUAAAGUUGGAGCAGCUAUUACAAUGACAUACAUCACUGGUCAACCUAUUGUUUUUGUUGGAACCGGCCAAACUUAUACCGAUCUGAAAUCAUUGAAUGCCAAAGCGGUGGUACACGCUUUAAUGAAAUAAAAAAAUAUUACAAGCAAUAAUAAAUUUCUACAGGCAUUCUACUUGCAAUAUGUAGAUUUUAUUUAAGCUUUGUUAUAUGUUGAUGUUACAGUCAAGCUUUUAUGUUAUGUGCAGAAAUAGUUUAUUGUUUGGCCAAACUGUCAAAUGAAAUCUAAAGGAAAAAAUUAGGAACGGAUAUUCUGAUCUAAUGAAUAAAUAUGAAAACCCGACUGUACAAAAUUUUGCAAAGUGCAUCGCACUGUUGUUACAAAAAAAAAGAAAAAGAGAAAAAGGACUGCAUUCUCAAUUAAUAUGUUAAAUUAUUGUAAACAAUUGGAUUUGUCAAAUAAAGUUGAAUAUUUCACAGUU